AUGAAGUCGAUCCUAGAUGGCCUUGCAGACACCACCUUCCGCACCAUCACCACGGACCUCCUCUACGUGGGCUCGAAUGACAUUCAGUACGAAGACAUCAAAGGCGACAUGGCAUCCAAAUUAGGGUACUUCCCGCAGAAAUUUCCUCUCACUUCCUUCAGGGGCAGUCCCUUCCAAGAGAAGAUGACUGCGGGAGACAGCCCUCAGCUGGUCCCAGCCGACCAGGUGAACAUGACCGAAUUUUACAACAAGUCUCUCUCCUCCUACAAGGAGAAUGACAACAUCCAGUGUGGGGAGAACUUCAUGGACAUGGAGUGCUUCAUGAUCCUGAACCCCAGCCAGCAGCUGGCCAUCGCCGUGCUGUCCCUCACGCUGGGCACCUUCACGGUUCUGGAGAACCUGCUGGUGCUGUGCGUCAUCCUGCACUCCCGCAGCCUCCGCUGCCGGCCCUCCUACCACUUCAUCGGCAGCCUGGCUGUGGCAGACCUCUUGGGCAGCGUCAUCUUCGUCUACAGCUUCGUGGACUUCCACGUGUUCCACCGCAAGGAUAGCCCCAAUGUGUUUCUGUUCAAACUGGGCGGCGUCACGGCCUCCUUCACGGCCUCGGUCGGCAGCCUGUUCCUCACGGCCAUCGACAGGUACAUCUCGAUCCACAGGCCCCUGGCCUACAAGAGGAUCGUCACCAGGCCCAAGGCCGUGGUGGCCUUCUGCCUGAUGUGGACCAUCGCCAUUGUGAUCGCCGUGCUGCCCCUCCUGGGCUGGAACUGCAAGAAGCUGCAAUCCGUUUGCUCGGACAUUUUCCCGCUCAUCGACGAGACCUACCUGAUGUUCUGGAUCGGGGUCACCAGCGUGCUGCUGCUGUUCAUCGUGUACGCCUACAUGUACAUCCUCUGGAAGGCGCACAGCCACGCGGUCCGCAUGAUCCAGCGCGGCACCCAGAAGAGCAUCAUCAUCCACACGUCGGAGGACGGCAAGGUGCAGGUGACCCGGCCGGACCAAACCCGCAUGGACAUCCGGCUGGCCAAGACCCUGGUCCUGAUCCUCGUGGUUCUGAUCAUCUGCUGGGGCCCUCUGCUUGCCAUCAUGGUGUACGAUCUCUUCGGGAAGAUGAACAAGCUGGUGAAGACGGUGUUCGCCUUCUGCAGUAUGCUCUGCCUGCUGAAUUCCACCGUGAACCCCAUCAUCUACGCCCUGAGGAGCAAGGACCUGAGGCACGCGUUCCGGAGCAUGUUCCCCUCGUGUGAAGGCACCGCGCAGCCCCUCGACAACAGCAUGGGUGACUCAGACUGCCUGCACAAGCACGCCAACAACACAGCCAGCGUCCACAGGGCCACCGAGAGCUGCAUCAAGAGCACCGUCAAGAUCGCCAAGGUGACCAUGUCUGUGUCUACCGACACGUCCGCCGAGGCUGUGUGA